AUGUCUCCGCCAACCCUAAUCUUUGUCCAUGGUGCAUGGCAUUCACCCAAAUGCUGGGAAAAAGUGAUUCCCAAACUAGAACAAAAAGGCUACCGCUGCCAUGCCCCGCAUCUGGAGAUGUGUGCCACGGGCACUGAGAAACCAGCCGACUCACUCCGCGGCAGCGUCAACCAAAUCCAAGACAUCAUCUCCUCAGAAAUAUCCACCGGAAAUGAUGUCCUGAUUGUCGCCCACUCCAUGGGCGGCCGUCCAGGCUGCGCUGCAGUUGAAGGAUUCACACAGAAAAACCCCUCCCGGCUGAGCCUCAAUUCCGGGAAAGUCAUAGGCAUUUUGCAGAUUAGCGGUUUCUUCCCCAUUGAAAUCUCGGAACUUGUCAAAAUCGACUUUGGGACUCCAUUUUUUAGUCGGGGAGGGGUGUGGAUUACUGUGGAUCUAGCAGACCCUGUGGAUCUUUUUUAUGGCGAUCUCUCUUUGCAGGAGGCGCGGCUUUGGGAGAGCAGAAUUUUGAAAUUGUCUGCUGCUUGUAAUGAUGAUUGGACCUUGUAUUCUGGGUGGAAGGAUGUUCCAGUUUGGUAUCUUGUUUGUACUCAAGAUAAGGCGAUUCUUCCACAGGCUCAGGAGGAUAUGAUUGCAAUUGUGCGUGGAGCUGGUGCUAAUGUUACGACGAGACAGUUGGAUUCGUCUCAUAGUCCGUUUCUGAGUCUGGUUGAUGAGACCGUUGAUUUCAUUCUUGAGGCUGUGGUUAGCCUUAUCGUCUUAUGA